AUGGUACGAAGGAGAGCUGAAAGUAACAGCUACCCCGCCAGCGAACAGUCGAGACCGUAUUCGAAGCGACGCAAACAUUAUGACGAUGACCCGAGCGAUGGCAUCUUGACUCCCGAGGUCGACGAGUCAACCCUGAAAAGAAGUACCUACACGAUCGCAUGGAUCUGCGCACUGCACAUCGAGCUGGCCGCAGCCCAGGCAAUGCUCGACGCCGAGCACGACGAGCUACCGGGCCUCGCUGACGAUGAUAAUACAUAUAUCCUGGGCAACGUGGGCAAGCAUAAUGUGGUCAUUGCAUGUCUCCCGACCUCUCAAUACGGGACAAACAACGCGGCCAGCAUCGUCACCGACAUGAAACGAACCUUCCCGGCGAUUAGGGUCGGCUUGAUGGUGGGCAUUGGGGGAGCAGCCCCUGCCAUGGCCGACAUACGCUUGGGAGAUGUCGUGGUGGGAACGAGGGUCAUGCAAUAUGACCUGGGCAAGAUACUCAGUGACGACGAGUUUGAAUACACGGCGAUUCCCAAGAUCCCCCAGAGACUGCUCGGAACCGUUGUCUCGACACUGCGAUCGAAGCACGAACUACGACCAUCAAACAUUCCAGCCAUUUUGGAUGACAAGUUGGAGGAUAACAAGCGAUACAGUCGCCCACAAUCGCCAGACUGGCUCUUCCACGCUUCCUACUGCCACGAAGACUCACGAGCCUUUUGUGAGACCUGUGACCAAACCAAAUUGGUCCUUCGUCCCGCACGAUCGAACACUGAUCCUGAGAUACACUAUGGUGCCAUUGCGUCCGGAAACCAGGUCAUGAGAGACGCCAUAAAGAGAGACAAGAUUGCUCGGGACUUGAACAUCAUCUGUUUCGAGAUGGAGGCUGCUGGCCUCAUGGACAGCCUGCCAUGUCUGCCAAUUCGUGGUAUCUGCGAUUAUUCAGACUCCCACAAGAACAAAAAGUGGCAGAGAUAUGCUGCGGCAACCGCGGCUGCAUAUGCCAAAGAGUUACUUGAUGUCAUGCCGUCAGCAGGCAGCGAAAAGACCACAGCCAUCCGCACACCCAAGCCAGAUGGGAAUUCGCUCUUGGAGGGUUUGUUGUCCAAAGAAGAUGAGGUGUCACCUCUACAAAGGCGACGGCGUCUGAUAAAAGCGUUGGAGUUUGAACAGAUCCAUUCGCGCAAAGCCGCAAUCAUGGAAACACACUCCGACACUUGCCGGUGGUUUCUUGAACAUGAAGCGUAUCAGAGCUGGAGCGAUCCGUCCCAAGUAUCCAAACACCACGGCUUCCUGUGGAUCAACGGUAAGCCUGGGGCUGGUAAAUCGACCUUGAUGAAGUUCCUGUACACGGAAUCAAGGAAGCUGUCUCAGAAGAAUUUAUCUGCGACAAGCUCAUUCUUCUUCAAUGCUCGAGGCGAGAAGUUGGAGAAGUCAAUCGCUGGCAUGUAUCGGUCGUUGUUGGCACAAUUGCUCAACUCGUUUGAAGAUAUCCAGGAGGUUUUGGACGAGAUGGACCUCGAACCGGAUCAUCUCAUUGAUUGGCCACUGGGGACACUGAAGGACCUGUUGCGAAACGCUAUAUUUCGCCUCAACGAGCGCCAGUUGACAUGCUUCAUUGACGCGCUCGACGAGUGCGAUGAACAGCAGAUUGUGGAGAUGGUUCACUACUUUGAAACCCUUGCAGAACACUGUGCAGGUGCCGCCAUACCUCUCAAGAUCUGCUUCUCUAGUCGCCAUUACCCUUAUAUCCACAUUGAGAAAGGUAUGAAGCUCACCCUUGAGGAUCAAGAAGGUCACAGUGAGGAUCUCGCAGCCUAUGUUGAGGGCCGACUACGUGUCAAAGGUGAUGCUCUAGGGGAGCUGCAGUCACAGAUUCUGAACAAAGCGGCUGGCGUCUUCUUGUGGGUAGUUUUGGUCGUCGACAUCCUGAAUAAAGAAGAGAGGCGAGGGAGGCUAGCAAUGAAGAGGCGACUAACGGAGCUGCCAAGUCGUUUGACGGACUUGUUUCGGGACAUGGUCGCCCGUGACCAAGAGUACAUGGAGGAUCUCCUACUGUCCAUUCUUUGGAUUCUUUAUGCAAAAAGGCCUUUGACGCCGGCCGAGUAUUACCAUGCCUUGUGGAUCGGACUACAAGAGAAGUGUCAUGCUGAUCCUGAGCUUCCCGGAGUUGACGAUUUGGAUUCUAUACAGAGAUAUGUUGUGAGCUCUUCCAAGGGUCUUGCAGAGACCACCAAAGUAGAACCGCAAAGAGUACAGUUCAUUCACGAAUCCGUGCGAGAUUUUCUCUUGAAGGAUAAAGGAAUCGCAGAAAUAUGGCCAGAACUGGGCCAUGACUGGGAGACAUUGGCCCACGAACGACUCAAAGACUGCUGCUAUCGAUAUAUGAGCAACCCCAGGUCUUACAGAGUCGGUAUCCCUGCUGGGGUCUUUUUCGGCUACGCCCGCGAUUACGUGCUGGCUCAUGCCAAUGGAGCAGCAAAAUCUGUGCCUCAACACCGGUUUCUCUCCCGGUUUCCAUUGCUCAUAUAUUGUCGGGGCUAUCGUUACCACCACGACACAGAUUUGCUUUAUAUCCUGGCAGAUCAAGGACUGUCCCACUUGAUCACACAUAGACUUGAAGAUUUCCCCCGGAUAGAGACUCGCGGAAAUUCCUACCGAUUUCCGCUGUUUGCAGCGAUAAAAAAUCACCACCCGGACACUGUUGUUGCGCUUCUUGCGUCGGGAAUGGACCCCAGUGAGGCGACUGACAUUUCCAAGAAUUUAAUCUACGGCCAGGACUAUUCCAAGAACUUCACAAUGCUGACUUGGGCCAUCGACGCGGGUCACAUUGCCAUCAUCUCCUUGUGCCUCUCCAAGGGUUCCUUCGCCAAUGAGGAGGACCCCAGAGGUUAUAGCCCCCUCGGCAUGGCAGUGCGCAGAAACAAUCUGGAAAUUGUCCAACUACUGCUCGAUAAUGGGGCCAAGCCUCAGAACUGCGGACCUCAAGUGCUCAUCGACGCAGUUCAAAGUCAGAAUAUAGAGAUUGUACGCGCACUUCUUGACCAUGGGUGUGACCCCAACAAGUCCGAUGGGUAUUAUAGGCCGCUGAAGGUGGCACACAACAGACAAAACGAUGAGAUGGUACAGUUGCUGGUCGCAUACGGCGCAAACCCUUGGUUCACCUAG